AUGGAGAGCAAGAAGAUCAGUUUGGUGGUGGUGGUAGCCAUGGUGCUUGCACUAACCUUGGCACAGUCUAGCUUUGCAAGAGUGCCAUAUCCUUUCAUCUUGGAUGCUGUCUGGGUUGAUGAUCAAACCAUGAUACCUGGUGAACUGAUCAUUGAAGAGCAAGCCAGGCCUCUUCUCAUGGAAAGAAAGAUGGUGCAUCCUUUCAGGUUGUUCGUUUUCACCCAUUGGUUUCUGAAACAUCAAAUCGAAACACCAAAAGGCCACGCAGCUCUGCCAAGUACAAUCCAAAUAACAUCAUGUGUACCAGUAAGAGCUCGCCACAAUCCUCUACCAGAUAGUCCCGAUAACAGUAUAAAUUUCGAUUGGAUGGCCGAGCAAAUUCCUUUAUUAACACACUCACAGGAGUAG